UUAGAAAACAAACCAGUAAAUGGCCGCAGACCAGAACUCAUGGAAUGCAGUAUAUGUGGUCAUGGUGAAAAAUACAGGGUGAAAACAAACCAAACAGUACCCAUCGAAAAUGUGCAGUCUAAGGAGAAAGAAAGAAUGACAGGCUUAGAAGCAGAGAAGUGGGCACAUAACGAGAAGCCAUCUUUUGGUGUCCAUGUCAACGGAGAUAUCCAUGGAACUGUGACAGGCAACGAACACUUGAAAAACGUUGAAGACAGUGAAAGAGCAGUCUCUCCCAGUCGGUUAGCUGACCCCAAAAAAUCAUUUGCACAGGCCAUCAAAAAUGGUAUAAAAACCCUACAUUAUUCACCAUCGGAAGCAGUCGCUUCACUGAAAAAAGUAUCUGUGGAGGAAAGGACAGAAUUGACAAGCAAUUCCCAUAUGCAAUGGAUGAAGGGUACCAAUCUGAGUAACAUAGUAAACACUCUGACAACUGGCGUUGGCUGUGUUCACCCAGAAAGACAAGGAAAUGUUUUAAUAAAAGAGGAAAACUGCACUUGCAGCAUCUUUGAGGGUUCUGAUCAGUCAGUUUUGCAGACGGGUUCCAUUUCAGAUCUGCAAGAAAGCUUGUGUUGUCCUCCACUGCCUGAAGAGGAAGUGCAUGUGGGGAAGGAUGGCUUUAAAGUACCUAACGCAGAGACACAGCGUGAGGAUUCUGCACUCCAGCCGACUUUCUUGUCCCUGAUUAAAACCAGGAAUUUAACUGUAGAGCAGGUUGUAGCUAUUGAAGCUUUAACACAGUUAUCUGAAGCCCCUUUAGAAACAACUUCACCAGCUAAAACUGAAAGUGCUCAACGUACCGAAGAAACAACUUCCAACUUGCUCCAUAGUUACAAAAGGGAUAUCUCCUCCUCCUUCACAUCUUCUACAUUAAAAGAAAUCAAAGACACUUACUUACAGAAUGAGCAACAGCUCUUGGCUCACUGCGCUCACUCACAGAAACAGCUCCCUAAUAAGGCAGUGUUAUACAAUGGCCAAAGUUCAAUUUCGGAAUUGCGUGAUAAGCCUGCCAAUCUGGCUGGUGAGAUGUAUAAGCUGCAGUUAUCCUCAAGAGAUACCAAAACUUUAUCUGACCUAACAUCUAAUGCAAAAUCAUUUUCAGGAUAUACUACCAAGAAAAAUUAUACUCAUGAUCCGGUCACCCUUGCACGGUAUUGCAAUGCUUCAUGUAACGUCCAGCAAACAAGUAACAACUUGGAAACUCUUGGCCAGUUAGAGCAAAAGCCAACCUGUAAUGAUUUGAACUUGGAAGCUAGUUCUUUGGUUAAAGAAGGAGGAAUUCACAGCCAGGAUGAAGAGGAUGUAGCUACACAACUAACUCAACUUGCAGCGCUAAUUGAAUCAAACCAGACAAAUCCAGAGCAGAAGAAUGACAUAAAGGCAUCACUGCUUAACCUAAUAUCACACGAGAGGCAGCCAAAAUAUAACCAAGAUGUGUUGCAGAAAAAAGAAUCUGUAUUUUUUAGGCAUAAUUAUAGUUCCUUACUGUUAAAGCAAAAGCAACCAACAAAUAAAAAAGGAAAUGCUGCACCAUGGAAACCAAGACACAAAAAGAAGCCUCAAGAAGCACGCUAUCAACAAAAUAAUCAAAACCAGCUAGAGCUGCUGUCAUGCCAGCAUAGUGAGUUACAGGACAUUUGGAUAUCAUCAAAACUGCACAAGUUUGGUCAAACCAUGCCACAGGACUCCAGAAUCGCUCCGUCUGAAAAAAAAUCUCCGAGAACCAAAGUACAGAGAGCACUGAAUCAAAAUACUUUAGCAUCACAAGAAAAAACUAGGUUAUUUCUCCCGCAAACGCAGAUAAAAUUCCAUAGAUGUUUACCUGAGGUACCACAAGAGAAAAAAAAAGACAGGUUGUUUGCCUGUGAAGUGGUGAAUGAGCAAAUCAAAACUGCAGGCUCUGGCGACCCACUAGGCACUGAUCCACUGAAAAAUGAAGUUGUUGCAUGUAACCAACACAGCGACCUGUCCUCCCGUAAUCCUCUGUCUGUUUCCCAGUUGAAAACAGCAUCCUUACUGAACAGACCAAGUGAAAACCUACCGAUGUUUACAGAAAAAUGUAAUUCUCAGGUACAGCAAACAGCGAAUGUCAGUCAGAUGCAUCCUUUGCCUCAAACUUUUAAUCAGUCUAACCUGAGAGCUCACGAAAUGCAUAGUGAAGACAAAGCCUAUCUUCAGCAGGGUGCUGUCGAACAACAAGUAGAUCCGAAGUUACAGGUGCUGCCUGUUCCCUGUGGUGGGGCCCAGUUACCAGGUGCUGUUGAAGCUCUCAGGAAUAUGGAGUGCGCGGGCAAAGUGACCGUUCUGACGUCAACCAGUUUGGGUACUGACCACCCACAGAGCACAGGCGACUCAGGGUGUUCUCCAGCAAAAAACACGCUUAGCAGUUUCCUUGAAUCACCGAUGAAGUUUCUUGAUACGCCUACAAAAAAUUUAAUAGAUACACCUACAAAAAAAGGACAAUCUGAAUUGCCAACUUGUGACUGUGUCGAGCAAAUUAUAGAGAAAGAUGAAGGCCCAUAUUACACACACCUCGGGACAGGACCAAGUGUGGCUGCUGUGAGAGAAAUAAUGGAGAACAGGUAUGGAGCAAAAGGAAGCGCUGUAAGAAUAGAGGUAGUGGUUUAUACAGGAAAGGAAGGAAAAAGCUCUCAGGGGUGUCCAAUUGCCAAGUGGGUGAUACGAAGAAGUAGCGAUGAGGAAAAGUUGCUGUGCUUGGUACGUCAACGUGCAGGACACCACUGUCAAACCGCCGUCAUUGUGAUUCUCAUACUGGCCUGGGAAGGGAUCCCUCAUCUCCUGGCUGAUACGCUGUACAAAGAACUAACGCAGAGUCUCAGAAAAUAUGGCUGUCCCACCAGCCGUAGAUGUGCGUUAAAUGAAGACCGAACCUGUGCAUGUCAGGGACUUGAUCCAGAAACUUGUGGAGCAUCAUUCUCAUUUGGCUGUUCAUGGAGUAUGUAUUUCAAUGGCUGUAAGUUUGCCAGAAGCAAAAACCCGAGGAAAUUCAGGCUUCUCACUGAUGACCCUAAACAAGAGGAACUUCUUGAAAAUAAUUUGCAAACUUUAGCUACUGACGUGGCUCCGGUCUAUAAAAAGCUUGCCCCUGAAGCCUUCCAGAACCAGGUGGAAAAUGAGCACAUGGGCCCGGACUGUCGGCUUGGAUCCAAGGACGGUAGGCCUUUCUCUGGUGUAACAGCUUGCAUAGAUUUCUGUGCCCAUGCCCAUAAGGACACACACAACAUGCACAAUGGAAGCACUGUGGUCUGUACAUUAACGAAGGAAGAUAACCGGAGAGUGGGGGUGAUUCCAAGUGAUGAACAGCUCCAUGUGUUACCUCUGUACAAAAUUUCACAGACAGAUGAAUUUGGCACCGAAGAGGGACUGGAAGCUAAGAUAAAAGCCGGAGCCAUACAGGUGCUGACAGCAUUUCCCAGAGAAGUACGAAUGUUAGCUGAGCCUCUCAGAGCUACAAAGAAAAAGAAACCAGACACAAGGAGGACCCCAGCAGAAAAGCAGCUGUUAAUAGAUAAAAAAUAUUCAACACCAGUAAAGCUGAAAACUGAAGCCCCAGAAAAUCUUGGCAACACUUUGCAUUGUUUAGGGAACAAAACAGAUGCUUUAAAACCUGGAAUAAAAACGGAGACAUCCGAUCACCUCUAUGCCAUGAAACAUACUUCAAACACUACUAAAAAUUGCUCUUUAUUAAAACAGUAUACGGCUUCCUCCCCUUUUAAGGUGGAUAGUUUACAUCCUUAUUCAUCUUUAGCACAUAAGCCUGGCAUAACAGCAGUGACUAAUAUUCAACAAGAUUUUUCAGUUCCCUACGGGUAUUUUGAAUGCAGUAGUAAGCAACCUCAUGUGACACCUUAUGUUAAUUGUAAGAACUUUGAUGUGUCGGUCAAAGAUUAUACUGGAAUUUUGCUGAAUGAUAAGAUGAAUGGUGUGCCACCGAUUCUUCCAGAGGUCACUGCUCCAGGCCCCCCAGCCCAUAAAGACCCCUUGCCCACUAUACUUGAACAUCAGCCAGACAAACAGAAUUGUCAGCUUCAGUUAGACAAUUCUCCUUCUUCACAGAUGAUCAGCUCUUGUGAUUUGUCAGUACCGCUAAGCUCUCCGGCAAAGGAUGCAGUCGGAAAUGAAGCUGACUGUUCCCAUGGAUGCCCGAUGGAAAAGGGCAGCUCCCAUCGAGAACAGAUGUGUGAUUUUGACUGUGUUGACGAAAAGCAAAACAGUGCACUGGGACAACCGACUGAUUCUGAAGAAAAAGCCGAGGAAAUGUGGUCAGACAGCGAGCACAAUUUUUUGGAUGACGACAUUGGCGGGGUUGCUGUGGCACCUUCUCAUGGUUCUAUCUUAAUUGAAUGUGCAAGACGUGAACUCCAUGCUACCACACCUAUUAAAAAACCCAACCGCAAUCAUCCCACCAGAAUCUCUUUAGUUUUCUACCAACACAAAAAUUUAAAUGAGCCAAAACAUGGUUUAGCCAUGUGGGAAGCAAAGAUGGCUGAGAGGGCGAAAGAAAAAGAAAAAGAAGCAGAAAGAUUAGGAGCGGAGAAUACUGAACUAAACUCUAGCAGCAGGAAAACAAAGCAAACAAGUGACAACAGAGAUAUUUUUUAUGAAGACAAUGAGUUCAACCAAAUUCCAUCACGCAGAGCAUUAACAGUAACCAAGGAUAACGUAAUAACAGUAUCUUCUUAUGCCCUUACACGAGUCGCAGGGCCUUACAACCAUUGGGCAUAG